CUCUUUCUCCCUUUAUCACCCUCACAUUUUUCUCUCUCUAACGUUUCUAAAAGCUUCUCUCUCUCUUUCUCUCUUUCUCUCUUUCUCUCUUUCUCUCUUUAGAUAAUAUGGCUGAAACAUUUGACGUAUCGCCAUUGAAACGUUACAGAGAACAAGAAACCCUAACCGAAGAAGACACGACUAAACGUCAAAAGCCAUCUUCGUCAUCAUCGUCUUCUUCUUCCUCUUACAAUCAGAUUCUCUGUCUCCUCGACGAUUCAGACGAACAAAACCAACACAACAAUGACCUAACAUCCUUUAUAAACGCCCUCCAGCAAGAAAUCUCAUCCGAUGACCAAAACGCUGUCGUUUUAGGAACCUUCAACGUGGAAGACUCGUCGUCGUCGUCGUCGUCUUCGUCGUGCGUUUCCUCAAAGGAAAAAGAAGAUGUCAACAAGGAGAAAGUGAUGCAGCAUCUUUUGGAAGCUUCUGACGAUGAACUUGGGAUACCUAACACCGAUUUUGGCGAGAGUAAUUAUGAAAAGAUUAAUGAAAGUUACGUUUAUGGAGAUAGUUUGUUAGAUGGGUUUGGUGAUGCGUUUUGGGAACUUGAAGACGAAGCUGCUAAUUAUUACACGUUGCUACAGUCUGAGCUGUUCAUGUAGAAAUUAUCCUAAUUCUGGAUAAAAGUGAACAAAAAAAACGUAAAUCUGGAAGUAUAUGCCAAUUAAAAAAACAAAAGUGGGUGUCUUUUUUUUUAUAUGGA